AUGUUUUCAAAGUCCAACCUGAACUACGCCGGCCUGUUGGUUGCUGCCCUUGUCGCUGCGCCGUCCAUGGUCAGCGCCGGGCCUUGCGACAUCUACCAGUCCGGCGGCACUCCUUGCGUUGCGGCGCACAGCACAACUCGUGCCCUGUAUAGUUCGUUCAAAGGCGCGCUUUACCGCGUCUCCCGUGACUCCGAUAAUGCCAGCACCGACAUCCGGCCCCGCUCCGCCGGCGGUGUGGCCGACGCUGCGGCCCAGGACUCGUUCUGCGCCGGCACCACUUGCCUGAUCACGACGAUUUACGAUCAGUCCGGCAAGGGAAAUCACCUCACUCAGGCUCCCCCGGGUAGCGCCGGCGCCGGCCCAAACAAGAACGGCUAUGACUGGCUGGCGAGCGCCACCGGCGCACCGGUGACCUUGAACGGGCAAGAGGCGUACGGCGUCUUCGUCUCCGUCGGGACGGGCUACCGCAAACUCGUCGGCCAGGGCACGGCGAGGGGAGACGAGCCUGAGGGCAUGUACGCUGUCUUUGACGGCACCCAUUACAACAACGACUGCUGCUUCGACUACGGCAACGCCGAGACCAACAGCAAGGACACCGGCGACGGCCACAUGGAGGCCGUCUACUGGGGCGGCCCGAAGAACAGCCCCUGGGUUCUCGCCGACCUUGAAAACGGCCUUUUUGCGACAGACCAGCGCAAGCAGAGAAUUGAGUCCAACCUCACCUCCCGCUUCGUCACUGCCAUUCUGAAAGGCGAGCCUCGCCACUGGGCGCUCCGCGGCGGCGACGCCAACUCGCCUCACCUGGAGACCCUCUUCGACGGCGACCGCCCCCAGGGCGCGUACCAGAAGAUGUCCAAGGAAGGGUCCAUCAUCCUCGGCAUCGGCGGCGACAACAGCAACCGCGCCCAGGGCACCUUUUACGAGGGCGUCAUGACCUCGGGCUAUCCCUCCGACGCCACCGAGAACAAGGUACAGGCGGACAUCGCCUCCGCCGGCUACGCUGCGGCCCCGCUGACCAGCGGCCCGAAGCUCACCGUUGGCUCUGCCGUCUCGCUGCGCGCGACGACCGCGUGCUGCACCGGCAGCUACGUCAGCCACGACGGCGACGGCGGCGUCAAGAUCCGGGGGGUGUCGGCGUCGAGCGACGAGGCGCUCAAGCGGCAGUCGACGUGGGUGGUGCGCGCCGGCCUGGGUAAUUCCGGGUGCUUCUCGUUCGAGGCGAGGGACGCGCCGGGGAGCUUCGUCCGGCAUUACAACUACGCGCUGCGCGUGGACCGCGACGACAGCGGCAAGCUGUUCGCGGAGGACGCCACGUUUUGUCCACUGGCCGGCCUGCAUGGGCAGGGCAGCAGCUCGAUCCGGUCCUGGAGCCAGCCGACGCGCUACUGGCGACACUUCAACGGCAAGGUGUACAUUGCGAGCAACGGCGGCCCCUUUGAGGAGGACGCCGAGUACCUCUUCAACGAUGACGCUAGCUUCGUCAUUGCGGAUGGAUGGGCGUGA